AUGACGGCUGCGAAGUCUGUUUUGAAUGAUUCUACCGACUUAAGUGCAGACGCUCCUUUACAGGAGCUUGGAAUCGACUCUUUGGGGGCAAUUGAGUUCCGAGACUCAGUCCAAAGCGCACUGAAUGUAAGACUCAGCGCAACUGUUCUAUUUGACCAUCCAACUGUCGACGCGCUGACGAAGUUUCUUUUGCAAGAAGUAGGCGAGGAUAACGACACUGAAAGCAAGCCCGCUGCACUUGUCGAACCGGUGACACCUUUUGAAGCUGCAGCAGGCGUCGAAGUUGCAGUAGUGGGAAUGGCAUGCCGAUUUCCAGCUUCUGACCCUAAUCCGCGUGAAUUCUGGCGAAUGCUUCUAAAGGCGAAAGACUGUAUAAGCGACGUGCCGCUGUCACGAUUCGACAUCAACGCAUAUAACACAAAGGCAUCUACUGACGGGAAAAUUUAUACAUGUGCGGGGGGAACAAUCAGAAAUAUCGAUUCCUUUGACUGUCACUUCUUUUCCAUAUCUCCACUGGAGGCUAAGCAAAUGGACCCAAGACAGCGGGUGGCCCUUGAAGUUUCUUAUGAAGCUCUUUCGGAUGCAGGCGUUGAAAGAGGUGCAACAGACACGGACGUCACAGGAGUCUUUGUUGGUUCAAUGAAUCACGAAACAGCCCUUGAGGGAGGGCCCUGUGCUACUGCCUUUACUGUCACUGCAGCACACAUCAGCAUAUUGUCAAACAGAAUAUCAUAUGUGAAUGGCUUUUCUGGACCAAGUGUGACACUUGACACCGCUUGCUCAUCAUCUCUCGUUGCCCUUGAUUUCGCCCUUAGUUAUAUGGCAAGUCAAGCGAUUUCACAGGCUUUGGUUCUAGGGGUUAAUCUAAUGCUAAGAGUGGAGGCCUACCAACAGACGUGCAAAGCGCACAUGCUCAGCAUUGAUGGAAGAUGCAAAACCUUCGACGCCUCUGCCAACGGCUAUGUCCGCAGUGAGGGAUGUGGCGCAAUACUGGUGAAGGCUCUACCGCGUCACUCCACAGACCCACGGGCUGUCUACGCCUGGAUUCGGGGUGCUGCCAAUAACCACGUAGGCAGAAGCGCAAGUCUCACUGCGCCCAACGGCCCUGCUCAACAAGCAGUCAUUCGAGCAGCUCUUCACGAUGCCCAAGUAAAAUCGCCUGCAGAUGUGUCGGUGUUGGAGGCACAUGGUACUGGGACGUCUCUGGGAGAUCCUAUCGAAAUUGGAGCGAUCCGCGCAGUCUACUGCAAUGGCUUUGCAGACAGUCCCCCACUGAUAGUGGGCGCCUUGAAAUCGCUCAUGGGGCAUUCUGAAGGGGCCGCAGGCAUCGCGGGACUCAUCAAGCUAAUUCUGGUCCUGCAACACAGAAUGGCUACUCCAAAUCUGCAUCUAAACAUGCUAAACCCACACAUUGACGUGACUAGAAGCGACAAGUACAGAGGCCUCAUGUUUCCGAGCAAGUGUGUUCCCCUCGAUGGCCUGUUUGGGAUUCACGAGUCGCAGCCACUGCUGGGUGCGGUGAGUUCGUUCGGAUUUGGAGGUUCCAAUGCUCACGCAAUUGUUGAGGUGGCCCCCACGUUCAAGUCGACCUGG